UAGUCUAAAUACAAUAUGGCCUUGUUUGAGUAUGUUUCAUUAUUUGUAGCAAUUCUCUUCAUAAUAUUAUGGAGACGCAACAAAAAUGUUCUUAUUCCAAAUUGGCCAAUCAUUGGCAUGCUACCAUCAGUUUUGCAUAAUCAAUCCCAUAUUCAUGAUUUUGUAACCUCAGUUUUAAAACAUCAUGGAGGUACUUUUCUUUUCAAAGGACCUUGGUUCACAAACAUUGCCAAUUUUAUCUUCACUAGUGAUCCCAUGAAUGUGCACCACAUCACCAGCAAGAAUUUCACCAACUAUGGAAAAGGUACUGAUUUUCAUGAGAUUUUUGAAAUUCUUGGUAAUGGUAUUGUCAAUUCGGAUUCCGAUGAAUGGAAACAAGAGAGGGCACUACUUCAUCCAUUACUCAAAAAUAAAAGUUUUAUGAUAUUCCUUCAACAAACCGUUCAAAAGAAGUUAGAGAACUGUCUAUUACCAUUUCUUGAUCAAGCAUCUAAAGGUGGUCAAAUACUUGAUUUACAAGAUAUUCUUGAGACGUUCACCUUUGAUAAUAUUUGCACUAUCUCGUUUGGAUUUGAUGCAAAUUGCUUUCCUUACAAUUUCAACGAGUUAUCAGAGAUAGCUUAUGUAAAAGCUGUUUCUGUGCUUGAGGAUACAAUAUUGUUGAGGCACUAUAUUCCAAAAUGUAUUUGGAAGCUACAAAAAUGGCUACAAAUUGGUCAAGAGAAGAAAAACAAGGUAGCUCAACAAGAUCUUCACCAAUUCUUGUCCACAUGUAUAGCUAACUCCAAAGCUCAUGAAGAGAAGAGAAGAUUGAGAAGCAGUGAAGAUGUGGAUGAAAGUCAUUCAUGCUUGCUAAUAAAACUAAUAAUGAGGGAAGGCUUGGAAAAGGAGGAGAUCAUUAAGAAUGAGAAGUAUGUUAGAGACACUGCAGUCAAUCUCUUGGGUGCAGGAAAUGGAACAAUCAGUUCAGGUUUGUGUUGGUUCUUUUGGCUUCUUUCAAAUCAUCCUAAUGUGGAAGCUAAAAUCAUUCAAGAGAUCAGAGAUAAUUGUGAAAACCAAGAGGAGGAUUUCAUCACUAACUUAAGUUUUGAAAAACUUGAUAAGCUUGUGUACCUUCAUGGGGCUAUAUGUGAAGCCUUGAGGCUUUAUCCACCUGUACCAUUUGAGCACAAGUGUGCUAGAAAAGAUGAUAUACUACCUAGUGGAGAUCUUGUUAGUCCCAAUACAAAGUUAAUAUAUUCUUUGUAUGCAAUGGGAAGGAUGGAAGAUAUAUGGGGAGAUGAUUGCUUGGAAUUUAAGCCAGAGAGAUGGAUAUCAGAUAGAGGACAGAUUAUACAUGUACCAUCUUACAAGUUUAUAACAUUCAAUGCAGGCCCAAGAAGUUGUUUGGGAAAAGAUAUUAGCUUUGUUCAAAUGAAAAUGGUUGCUUCUGCUAUGUUAUGGAAGUUUCAGAUACAUGUUGUGGAAGGUCAUUCUAUAACUCCCAGGGUCUCUGUUGUUCUUCGCAUGGAACAUGGCUUUAAGGUCAAACUCACAAAAAGAAUCAUUUAAAACAUGUUGAGUGUUCAACCUAUUAGGAUGCUACUGUUAAUUAUCUUAUAUGGUUUAAUGUUUGUGUUUGUUAAUGUUUAUUAGUUUCUAUUUGUUACUAUUCAAUUAGGUUUAGUUUCAAGUUUCUGUUAUUCAGACUGUGUUUGUUGGUUUGUUAAACGUUGAGUGUUUCUUUUAUUCACUACUACAAAAUACAU